AGUCCGAUAGCUAGCCAAUGAGGAAGCAGGAGGAAAUGCUAAUGUUUACAAGCAGUCAACAGGCUCCAGUUUCCUGCUAAAAACACCGAUUUCUGCGGCUGGAUGGAACAUUUCUAUCAGAUCAUGUCUGAAGUUAAAUGAAGGAGUUUGACAAUCUGGUUGUGGUGUCUCCUCAGCGCCCCCAUGGACUGGGUGUUUGUCAUGAACCGGAUGGGCUCUCAGGGCAGCUCCUCCUCCCAGCGGAGGCGGAUGGUUCUGGGGGUUCUGAUCCUCCUGCUGGUGGAUGUCAUCUGGGUGGCUUCAUCGGAGCUCACCACGUACAUCUUUAAGCAGCAGGAGUACAACAAGCCUUUCUUCAGCACCUUCACCAAGACCUCCAUGUUUGUUCUGUAUCUGCUGGGCUUCCUGCUGUGGCGGCCGUGGAGGCAGCAAUGCACCGGAUCGCUGAGGCGUCACCAGUCUGCGUUUUUUGCAGAUGCUGAGGCUCACUUCGCCCCUUGUGCCGCCGACAGCCCCGUGAACAACUGCUUGAGUGAGCCGCUUUAUGUCCCGGUGAGGUUCCAGGAUGCAGCUUCUGACCCAUAUGACCGUUUACCUGCAGACGCUGAAGCUGCCUCCAGAAAGCAGCGGGUCCGUUUCAGUAACAUCAUGGAGGUCCGCCAGCUGCCACCCACUCAGGCCCUGGAGGCCAAGCUGUCCCGCAUGUCCUACCCUGCUGCCAAGGAUCAGGAGGCCUUGCUGCGUACGGUGGGGAAGCUGACCAUCACUGAUGUGGCGAAGAUCAGCUUCUUCUUCUGUUUUGUGUGGUUCCUGGCCAAUCUGUCCUACCAGGAGGCUCUGUCUGACACACAAGUGGCCAUCGUCAACAUCCUGUCCUCCACCUCAGGCCUCUUUACGCUCAUCUUGGCGGCCAUCUUCCCGAGUAACAGCAGCGACCGCUUUACGCUGUCCAAGCUGUUAGCCGUAGCUCUCAGCAUGGGGGGUGUUUCUCUGGUGAGUUUGUCCAGCAUGGAGAGCCCUGAUGACAAAGGAGUUGUAGGUUCCCUGUGGUCUCUGGCGGGCGCCAUGCUGUACGCCGUCUACAUAGUGCUGAUCAAGAGAAGGGUGGAUCGGGAGGAUAGGCUGGACAUCCCCAUGUUUUUUGGGUUUGUAGGUCUGUUCAACCUGCUGCUGCUGUGGCCCGGCUUCCUCCUGCUCCACUACUCGGGCUUCGAGGCCUUUGAGCUUCCCAGCCAGCUGGUGUGGAGCUACAUCCUGAUCAACGGCCUGAUCGGGACGGUUCUGUCCGAGUUCCUCUGGCUGUGGGGAUGUUUUCUGACCUCGUCUCUCAUCGGGACUCUGGCUCUGAGCCUCACCAUCCCGCUCUCCAUCCUGGCAGAUAUUUGUCUGCAGAAGGUCCAUUUCUCCUGGUUGUUCUUCGCUGGAGCCAUCCCCGUCUUCCUCUCCUUCUUCAUCGCCGCUCUCUUGUGUCACUACAACAACUGGGACCCCGUCCUGCUGGGCCUGAGGAGACUCUACACUUUUGCUUUUAGGAAACAUCGCAUUCAGAGACUAGCAGAUAACCACGAGCAGAGUGAGAGUCUUAUUCCACUACACACCGUUUCACCUCAUGACUGAUGCUCCUUCCUCAAGGUGAGUGUUUCCUCC